AUGGAGGCCCGUGUGCGGCACCUGAUUGCCUGGGAAUUGCUGCUUGUUCACCAGCUGCAGGGUGAUGUGGACCCACAGUCACUGGGCCGGGAGAUGGGAUCCUUGACUGGAGCAGCCCCGGAAGGGCACAGGGUCCUGGUCCGAGACCUCAUCUCCUUUCUGAUGUUGGAGGGCGGGCGGCGGUCUGGUGGCUCUGUCCUGUCCAGCUUCCCAGCAGGCCUGAGGCGGCAGGAGGACGUGAAGUCUCUGGUGAGGAGCGUGCUGGUGGGGCUGGAGUCCCUGGGGAUCCUGCCUACAGUCGGGAAUUCCCCUCUCCGGGCCCUGUGGCAGAACCGCGGUAGCAGGAGCCAGAUUUCUGGCUUUCUGUACAACAUCUCCAUGCACCUCGAGCAGCAGAAGCUGGACGAGCUCGGGGGCGCGCCCUGGGGGAGCCUGCUGCAGCACCUCCUCUCUCAGCCCUCCCCGAGCCCUGCUCUGCAGCUGCGGGAUGUCCUGAUCUCGCUGAGGGGCAGCCGUGACUGGGACAUGCUCUUGAGCCUCACCCACAGCCUGGUGAGCCUGUUCCGCAGAGACCAGACCCUGCUCCUCUUCCUGCAGCAGGACUGGGCGCGGCUUAGCAGCCUGGAGGAGGCUCUGGCCCAGGUGCUGCUCACUGGGGUGCUGGGCCAGGGCGGCCCUGGCUUGCAGGGCACCGACUGCCCCCUGACAGGCCGUGGGAACUGCAGCUCCAGCACAGACUGGAUGUCGCAGCUGCUCAAGCUCUUUUCAGGCACCAGCUGGAAGCCAAGGGUCCGUCUGCAGCCUGCAGGCCCCGUCCUGGCUCCUGAACACUUGAAACCCUUCCACGUGCUGCCCGGGGCCAUCCAAGAGCUGGACCCCAAUGCCGGCAGCCUCCUGCAGAUCCCCCGGCCCAGGCAGCCAGGGCUGGACUCUGAGGGGGGCUCUGCAGACACACUCUGGGGGGCCCUGGAGGAGGCCAAGCAGCGUCUCCUGCGGAGGAUGGGCCGAUCGCUCUACACCAGCUUCCGGAGGAAGGUCUCGCGUGUGACGGGUCUGCUGGUGGACGAGGUCUCGGUGGCCCUUGGCAUCCCUCAGUCGGAUCGAGAGGGGAAGUGCACUGUAGGGACCCUGCAGCAGCUCCUGCUGUGGGGCAUCAGGCACAACAUCAGUUGGAAUGCCCGGACGCUGGGGUUCAGGUCUAGGACCUUCCCAUCUCCUCCGCCAAUCCUGAGCUGCAUGCAGCCUGCCCGCAAGCCCCCCCAAGCCACAAAGAGGGCAUCUGGAGACGCCUGGGGUGCGCCCUGGCCCUCAGCCGAGGUUCUGGAGUCUGCCUGCAAUGACACUAUCCCAGGCCUGCCCGGCAUCUCCAACUUCACUGUGUAUCUUUACUGCAGCCUAUUCAAUGGCUCAGACAGCUCCAGCCAGCCUCCUUCAGACCUGGGGGCCGCAUGCUCCAGCUCCGCCUGGUAUUUCUCCUCCGCCAGCGGGGACUCCAUGUGGGUGAGGACAUGCAGGGAGUACUUCCCUGGCCUGUUCAACACCACGGUCUGCAGCAAUGCCUCCCUGCUGCAGCUGCCCAGUCCCAACCAGCCUCUGAUGGAGCAGUUGUGUGCCAACCUCUCCCUGCCCCCCAAAGGUGCCAGCUGUCCGGAGGGGCUGCCCGGGGCCCCCUGGACCCAGGAGGAUUUCUGGAGCUGCUUUCUGGAAAACCAGACUCUCUGGACUCAGUGGCUGUGCACCAAUGAGAGCCUGCAGGCGGUGCCCGCGGAUAGCAGCGCCUGGAUCUCCAGACUCUGCCACGGCCGCCAGCUCCAGACAAAGACACUGAACUCCUCGCUGCUCGGGAACUCUGAUCCCUGCAAUUUCCAUGCCUGGAGCCUCCAGGCGCUCAGGAACGCUAGCCUGAUGGAGCAGUGCCGGGGGGUGAACCCUGCUAGCUUCCAGGAGCUGGUGUGUGAGAAUUCCUCCCUCCUCCAGUCUUUGGUGUCUUCCCACCCCUGGCUCAUGGAUCACUGCCUGGACUCCCUGCAGAAUGGGCAGUGCUUCCCACAGCGCCUCCUGGACAUCCUGCCUAUUUCCUCUCACGGGGACGCCUCUCGGCUCUGCCGGGACCCUGCGUCCUACCUGCUGGGGCUGGUGUCCCAGCUCACGCCCUGCGAGGAGGAGACGUCCCGCUGGAUCCUCAGCAUGAACUAUCUCCUGCGGCUGCUGGACUUCACCCUGCCCUCCUCCGAGCUGGAUGAGGUGGGGCAGGCAGCCAGGGACCAGCUGAGUGAGGCCAUCCUGCUCUCUAGCCUCCUGGACAACGGCUCCUUCUGGGCCUCGCUGACGGGGAACUCCUCGCGGAGCAUCCUGCAGGCCGUGCGCCAGUACCUGAGGCAGGAGCGUGACGCCUCCGUCAAGAAAGAGCUGCUGAGCUGCUUCAGUCCUGUGCUCUGGGAUCUGAUCCAAAGAGAAGAGGGUGCCCCGGCGCUGGAAGUCCUUGUGCAGGAAUACCUGCAGAUGCCGCAGGACAAUUUCCAGCAGCUGCUGCUGUCGGCGGAGAGCGAGGCAGUGCAGCGCUUCCUGUCCCUGCUGCACCGCUCCUGGCCCCGGCUGCAGGUUCCCAUGUCGGAUGGGCAAGCGCUGCAGUCUCUUGCCUCGCGGCUGAUGGGCCGGUUCCCUCAGCUGACUCCGCAGCUCUUUGUUGACCUGUCGCAGUUCAUGCCGUUCAUGGCCGUGUCCGACAUCAUGAGAGUCCCGCCUGCCCUGCUGGCCAAUGAGAGCGUCUUAGCUGCUCUGCGGCGUCACAGCGCCCACAUGAAGCUGGUGCAGAAAAGCGCCUUUGCCAAGCUGCUGCUGCAGGCUCAGCUCCUCGGGGACGUGCCCACGUGGCGCCCAGGCUUCCUCCGCACCAUCCAGCCGCUGCUGCCUCACCUACCGCUUCGCCGCUUUGUGCAGCUCACGCCUCAGCAGAUCCAGGGGCUGGCAGACGGUUGGCAGGAGGUCCGGCUGGGGCUGGCCCAGGGGCGCCAUGUGGCACACAGCUUGAUAAAUGUGAGCCGUGGCGCUGGUGAGGAGCAGGUGCACAGGCUGGGGGCCCUUGCUUGCUAUCUGAGCCCUGAAGAGCUGCAGGUCCUGGCCCCGCUGCGCGACCCCUUGGGGCCGGUGGAGCAGAGCUUGCUGGCGUGUGCUGCCAACGGAGUGCUGAGCCAGCACGGACGGGUGAGCCGAGCCGCUGUGGGGGCUCCUGUGUGCGUGCCAGCAACACGGCUGUCCUGCCCUGAGCUGGGGGGCCAGUGGGACAUAGGCCCAGGCCUGGCCUCCCUCCAGGAGGGAACAAAAGCCCCUUGGAAGCCAGCCUCAGGGCAGAGCUGUCUUGGGAAUAUUCCCCCCCCCCUUCCUCCAGCUGAUCCCAUGGCUCCAGCCUCUGCCCAGCGGGAACCUCCCUUCUGCCUGGGGAAAGCCCAGCCUGGCCCUGCUCUCCCCUCCUGCUUGCAGGUCGCCUAUGCGCUGGCGGAUUUGUUGCGCUCUGCUGGCCUGGCGGCUGUCGGGCCGCAGGAGCUGCGUGCCUGGCGAGGCAUCGUUCCGGAGCUGGGGGUGAGGUUCCUGCAGCGCCUGUCAGCCACGCAGGUCAGGGCUCUCCUUCCAGAGCUGCAGGCUGCACACCUGACACCUGCCCAGGCGUCUGUGCUGCUCACGCAGGCUGUCCGGACCGAGAAUGUGACGGAGGGUGUGGCGAGCAGCCUGUGCCCCCUGCUGCCAGGCCUUGGGCCCGAGUCCCUCCAGGCCAUUCCCACUCCCACCCUGGUCCAGGCCUGUGAAUGCCUGGCCACCGCUCUGCCUCUGCUCUCGGCCCCGCAGAAGGCAGCUCUGCUGCAGCGGCUCAGCCGUGAGCAGCAGGCCCGGAGCAUCUGGCCAGACUGCCUCUUGCCCUUUGUGCCCCUCAAACUCCUGCACCUGGACGCAGCGACUCUGCUGGGGCAGAGCGGCCGGUUCUGGGAGUUACCCUGGUCCCAGCAGCAGGCCCAGUUCCUCUGGAGGAAGGUUGAAGCGGGCACCAACGUGAGCCAGGAAACGAUUCGGGCACUGGGGACUCUGGCGGCUGGCAUGGGCUGUGCCAGCCUGCAGCAGUUCAGUCGGAGGGCGGAUUUCCUGGGGGUUCUCCGGGUUCUCUAUGCGUGUCCCAGCAGCCUGCCUGGGAGUCUGGUAAGGAACGAGUCGCUCGCUGUGACUCUGGCCUGGACGUCUGGGUGCCCCCUGCACUGUCCUGGCAUCCCCAGCCCCGCUCUGAGCCAUGCGUGGUGGACCCCUGCCCUGGCUGGGUCCAAGCGAGGCUGUGUCUCCCCUUUGCCUGGCCUCACUUUGUGUCCUCAGAGGCAGUGUGUCUGGGAGGAAAUCCGCAGCCGGCCGGGACUCUCCAGGGAGGAGCUGGUGUGGCUGGGACCAAAGUUCCUCAUGGAUUUACCGGCGAAGCUUGUGGACAAACUGCCCAACGACUCGGUCAGGCUGAUUCUGGACUAUGUGAGCAGCCACCCCCAGAGCCUGCUGAUGCUGCCGCCCCACCGCCGGGCUGCCCUGGCCCACAGGGCCCUGCGCCUCCUGCGAGCGCCGGCCGAGACCGAGAUCCCAGGCGAGGUGCUGGACCUUCUGGGCCCACUGCUGGGGUUCCUGGGCCAGGAAGCUGCUGCCCACGUCCAGCCCGAGAGCCUGUUGCUGCGCCUGGAGGAGCUGCAAGGGGCCUGCCUGGCGGAGGGGUUUGCUGAGGAGCUGGGGAGGUUGCUGCUGACGGAGCGGGUGCUAGGCCCGCCGCAGUGCUGGAGCCUCCUGGACGUGCAGCAGCUGGGACGCCUGGUCUUCCUGCUACCGGUGGAGAGCAUCCGGCUCAUCCCGAGGGAGGUACGGAGCAGAGACACCCUGGAGCAGCUGCUGCAGAGCCAGCGGGAGUGGGAGCAGAGCGAGCCAGGCCGGCUGUGCCAACCCCCUGGUGCCCAGGGACGGGUGAGGAGCCGGAAGGAGGCACUGGUGGCCUGGCUGGUGAGGAGCAGCCCAGUGGGGGCACAAGACCCUGUUCCCAGCUGCGCUGACAUGCGAGCCACCUACCCUGCGGCCUGGAGCGCGGCACAGAUCUCCAGCAUGGCCCCCUCCCACUUCGAGGGAUGCCUGGAUCUCAUCAGUCAGGACCCUGCACUCUCGCCCGAGCAGCUCCGCGCCGCUCUGGGCAAAGCCAAGCAGCUGUUUGGAACUGCCCAGCCCCUGCAGCCGGUUCAUGUCCUGCAGCUGGGCCUACUGGCCACCCAGCUGAGCGAGCAGGAGCUGCACGAGCUGGAGCUCUCCAACUGGGGGGCCCUCUCUGUCCUGGGGGUCCUGGAAGGCUGGACAGCAAGACAGAUGCGAGCCGUGGUCUCCAGCUUUCUACGCCAGAGUGGGAUGAGUGUGCAGGGCCUGGCACUCCCAGAGCUGGCUGCCCUCGGGCACCUCCUUUGCGGUCUCCGUGCCAACGAGAUGCGGUUACUGAACAGCCGGGAGUUCAGCCAGGCUGCCCCGUUUGUGGGCUCCCUGAGGCUUGGCUGCUCUGAGAGGCAACUGGAGACACUGGCUGAGCUGCUGACAUCCCGCUUGGCGUUCGGCCCCGUUAGCAGCUGGGGCCCUGAAAUCUUCACUGAGAUCGGAACACUGGCAGCUGGGCUCCAGGACAUCGUCCUGUCCUCGCUCAUCCCCGAGCAAAUCCGGGCACUGACCCCGCUGGCCAUCGCGGGGAUCCCAGCACCCAAAUUCACAGUGGUUUUCAGCCCAGCCCAGCUGCUGGGCUUCACCAGCGCCCAGGCCUCAGCCGUGACCCCCCAGCAGCGCGCGCUGCUCAGCGCCGAGCAGAGCCAAGCAGUGGUCAGUGCCCAGUACGAGGAGGAGGUCGCCCAGGAUGGCAGGGGCAGGAAUCACGCCCGGUGCCAUCCUGGCCCCAGCGCCCUGGCACUGCUCUGUCUGAUGUACAGCUUUGGGUGAGAGCCGCUGGGGCCUGUGUUUGUAAUAAACCUUUCAGCCUGC